UACCCUGAAAACAACUGAGCCCUGUGGUAUCAUUGACUACAGACCCACCACAUGUUGUAACCAUCUCUCUUGCAGGUAGACAACGUGACAAAGCUCCAAGGCCCAAUCGGACCAAUCGGGCUUCCCGGCUUCAACGGCUCUCAGGGACCGAUAGGUCCCGCUGGACCUCCAGGAUUGAAUGGAACACAAGGACCCCAGGGCAUCAUGGGCCCGCAAGGGUUUAACGGCUCACAGGGAGCGCAAGGUCCAGCCGGUCCACAGGGAUCCCAAGGAGCAGGAAACCUUUCUCAGUGUGUACACAAGACAGAUUCAAAAACAGGAAGCCAAGACAAAAUAACAAGCAACAGUCGUGCAGGCCCAGUUGAGGUUAUCCUGGAAGAACCAAGCGGCAAAAGAAUAGUGGGCGCGACAUGCUCAACGGACUUUGCUCAACAGUAUUUGCUUACAACCGCCACAAACCCAGCCAACGGUCAUUUAUUUUACUACUGUAAGUGCUAUGGACAGUAUGACUCUGUCGCGCGAAGUGUGGAAUGCACCAUCCAUUACUGGGAAUGCCCGCUGAAAUCUUGAAGUCUACUGAUGUCCUGGUGUACGGAGGGUGUUGAGUCCAAAUCCUCCGAAGGAAAAAAGAUGGCGACUGUACAUUUUACCACAAUACCAUGCGAACCUUGCGCAACCCAUUAGGCGCAAGGAAAGCCAAAUUUUUGCAGAUGUUUCCCUUUGCUAAGGAAAUUGUGUAUGCUCGGGUUUGACUGAGACGUUGGAAUUUUUCUGUACGAUUUUAUGGGCAUUGUGAAAGGUUACUGGCGCUGAGAGUUAUGGGUAAAUGUACCAGUAACCAUCUAUUUCCUACGGAGGAUUGCAAGACAGUGUUUAUAGUCUUUUAAAUCGGUUUAGGUAGACCUUAUAUUAACACAUUCCCAGGGUCUUAGCGGCAUUGAUCUCAUACAUGUAGAUGACAUCUGAUAGAAGAGUAUUGAGAGAACAAAAACUGUUAUAAAUCUCGCUGUGGGCAGCCUUCCUAGUGGGGUUAUGACCAGGAAUGAAAGAAGCAGAGCGGAGCGGGCAUAACGGGGUUAUUCCGCUGGCCGCUGUUGCUUUCGGCGCCCCAUACUGUAUAAAGAAGCUUGUUUUCAGCCCGGUAAUCCCGAAGACAUAACAUGGGUUUAAAAUAUAUUAUCGGCUAAUUAGAAAA